CGAUUUCUUUUCUUUUUUUCUCUAAUAAUAUCGUCAUGAUUUCCCUUUACACGCCAAUCAACUUCCACUUUCUUAGCUGGUACUCUGAAUUCUGAUGCAGUUUUCAUGUAAAAAAUGCUGGGUUUUGUGUAAAUUUCCAUUUUUUUUACAGCCUUGAUCUUGUUUUUAUUUAUUUAUUUACUCGCAAAUCGUAGUUGGUGUUCUUUUCAGCUGCUAAGUUUGACUUACUGGCGAGACUUUUUCUUGUUUUCCUUGUUUCAUAUCCAUUUAAGGAUCUUGACCUUCAACAAUUUGCUUUCUGGGAAAGUUGGAAAAUUGGAAAAUUUCGUCAAAGCCUGCCGCAGAAGAAAAAGAAAUUCAAAGUGUUUUUCCUUAAAAGGGGAUUAUUGGUUUUGUCAGACAAGACAAAAGGGGUUGCAGAUUGAAAUCUCAGGGAGAUAUUGACCAAAAAAUAAAGGGAAAUCUCACAUAGACAGGGACAUUGAUUUGUGCAUAUAGAUAUACAGAUAUAGAUAUAUAGAUAUAUCCAUACACCAAGAAAGAUGGGUUCUUUCCCAGGUCAUGUUCUGCCAGGGACAUUGUUUUUGGUUGUUGGGGUGUGGCACGUAUGGGGCUCGCUGGUGAGAUAUGUAUCCAACCCCAAGUCCUUUCGGGUACAUGUAUGGAACCCCGUUCCCGGUGUUGAUGGGAGGCUUAAGUAUUUUGAACUUUAUCUUAUAGCAGUUGGUGCUUUCAUUGAUAUGUGUAUUGAGCUUUUGUAUUCGACCCAUCUCAAGUUCUUUGUUAAUGGAGUCUUGAACCCUCAUCACAUGAAUGAUUUCGAGCACUCGGGGAUGCUUCUAAUGUUCUUUAUCUUUGGGGUUAUCACCCUGAUCUCACAGGAGACAAGUCUUGCAAUUAGAUUUCUUCCGAUGCCUGAAGGAGCUCUUUGUCUGAUUGCUGCUACAGCAUUCUGUGCGGAGUACCUUCUUUUCUACUUUCACUCAACAACUCAUAAAGGCCUCGAGGGGUAUUACCACAUCCUCCUUGUCCUCCUAAUCGGGCUUUGCAUAGUAUCGUCUGUUGCCGGAGCCCUCUUACCAACCAGCUUUCCAAUUGAUUUAUGUAGCGGUAUUGGCAUAACUCUCCAAGGCCUCUGGUUUUAUCAGACUGCGUUCACUCUCUAUGGCCCCAUGAUGCCAGAUGGUUGUGGGCUCAAGGAUGAUAUGGUCUCAUGUCAUUCUGUCGACAGUGAGGUCCGGGGUGAGUUGCUUGCAAACUUCCAGUUCUUUAUCAUGGUUCUUAGCGUACUCAUUGCAGUUGUGGGAGGAUAUGGUUUUGUUGCCUUAAGAUUUGGGCAUUCUGAUGAACAGAGCUUGCGUGCAGUAUAGGAUAGGGGUUGUCAAUGUUUAUUGUACUGUUUUUGGGGCUGUCGAAGGAGGUCUUAAAAGCUCGAAAUAUGGACUAUUAGAUUUAGAAGCAAAUGGAGAUAUAUAUGAGUGCCUUCAUACCAGCAAAUGGAGAUUUUUUGUCAAUAAUGAAGAGGCCCUUGUCCAAGGUCAUGUUAUUCCCUAUUUUUCUUAUUACAUAAUUGAUGGUUCAUAUGUUAUUUUUACUAAAAACGAAUAUUCAAAAAAAUAAUAAAAAAAAUUCUAAAUUGUUGUAAAGUCGACGAUAUGUGUGCAGUGGAAUAAAAUAAAUAAGACAUAAUAUUUACAAGGUUCGGUAA